GGGCGGGCGCCGGGGAGCUCUGGGCUGCCCUCGGCGGCGGAAUGUGCUCGGCCCGGGAGCUGAGAGGCGGCGGGGCGCGCGGGGACAACUGGGACCCACUGGCGGAGCGGGCGGCGGCGGGGGCCGAGCGGGACCCCCGGGCGAGCCCGAGGCGGCGGCCACCGGAGCAGCGCGAGCAGGAUGUUGAAGAAUCACAUAACCAACGCGAUGGCGUUGCGGAUGAAUACAAGAAGAUGGGAACACUUUUCGGGGAACUGAACAAGAGCCUCCUCAACAUGGGCUUCAUGAGGAUGUGUUUUGGAGAACACACCGUGGAACCAGUGAUAGUCAUUUUCUUCUGGGUUCUGCUGUGGUUCCUUGGCCUCCAAGCCUUUGGACUAGUUGCUGUUCUUUGCCUUGUCAUUGUUUAUAUGCAGCAGUAAAAUAUGGCCAACUGGGCUGGUAUUCAGCAUUUGGCAGCCAUGUAUGUAAUCGGUGAAGUUACAUAUCUUACUGCAUGAAAGCCAAAAAGUCUGCCUUGUUUCAAAUCAUGUGCUAUUUUGUAAUUAAACUUAUAAGUGGAUGUUGUUUAAAAUUAAACUCAAUUCUUGGUUAUAACAUGGUUGAAUACACAUUUUGCAGCUUAUUCAAAACUCUUGAUUUGCUAAUGUGAUGUGCACCCACUUUUAAACACCCCGAUUCCUAGGUCAAACUUAACUAACACCGCCACAGAGUGAGCAAGAAAAAUAACGGUGUGGUAUUCAAAUCAGGCAACAGUACACAUCUUGUAAAGGGUCCCAAAAAACACUGUAGAAGAAAAAGGAUGAAACGAGAAGCAAAAAAUAAGUUUUAAUUGGAGAAACGCUCCCCACCCACCCUCACCAAAUAGCCCUGUAUUAUUUGGGAAAUAAUUUAGAUCUAUUGUCCCUGCUGAUGCCUGACCACUGUGUGGGUGCUGAUGACUGUACACCAGGUAAAGAUUCUGAUGAAAAGCAGGAGAGCUAGCACACCUUCUAAAGAUUCAAAGGAAUAGAUUUAUCUUUACUGGGGAAACUUCCCAAGAUAAAUAUAACUUUUUUUGGACUUGAAUGACUUCAGUAUAUCAUUUGAAGUUCUAGAAAUUUUUGGUGCUAUUUACUUGUUGUGAAUUGUUAAAACCUCAGAAGCCAGGACCAUAGCUGACUGAAACAUUUUCAGUGUCUGUUUUUUUUGUUUUUGUUUUUGUUUUUUUCAGAAAUUUACCUAUUAUAGUUCUUUUGUAGCAAUGAUUCUAUUUUUUUUAUCUUGGCAUAAUCCCCCCAACUGGUUUGUGUUACAGCUGAAAUACUUUACUACUCUUUUCAGAAAAAGUGAGCUUUCCCCCUAAUGUGUGUGUGGGAAGGACAUUGUGCUUCAGCAUAAAACCAGAUGCUUGAAUCCGGAACUCAAUAGCCAGUCAUAACGAGGCUAAGGCAGUAAUUGGCCAGCCGUGCAAUUGCUGCGUCUUAAUUCAGCAUGGUGGAGUUUUAUGUGGAAAUAAGCAUUUCUUUAAAUAUACUUAACUGAUAUUUUGGAUUUUGUUGGAGACCUUAGAAUCUUUACAUUUUGUCCCAGAGACUUUUUAUAUAAACAAAAGAAGUGUAGUUAAGAUAAUUAUCUAGAAAUUCAAAUUAAAUCAGGAAAACGGCACAAUGGGCUUUUUUAUCUUUCACAGGGCAAUAACUAAAGCAUGUAAACUUUUUGCUACUGUACUUUGUAAAGUUUUUACGCAACCCUGUUAUAAAAAAAAAUGUACUCUGCACAUCCUCGGUGUCUUCCAUUUUGAAGCGAAAAAUUAAUUUAAAAGAAUCAACUUAAAUUCCUAAAAUCAGCUCUUUUGGAACAAAAAUGCCAGUAAGAUAGCACUAAAAAGUAUUAUGUGUUUGUAUAAAUACAGACCUCUGAAAGUUUUACUUAAAAAAAACCUUCGUACUGUAUCAUUGUGAUUUUAUUGGGUUUGCACUGUUUUUAUAGUGCUCUUUAUGAACCUGGCACAGAAGCAACUUGUUGUAUUUAAAAAGGUGUCUUUGUGAACAUUAGGUGAGGUUUUUAAUAGAAACCAUAAGAUCUUAUAUAUCUAUCUGCAUGAAAUAUUUAAAAGUACAUUCAUUUCUAAUGCCACCGGGAUUUUUAAUUUUCCUUUGGACUGUUAAAAAAAGAACAAAAACAAAAAGCUGUGUGUGCAAUAUCAGCUCUGGUUGCACCAGUGCCCAGUGGAAAUAUUUUGCAAGUAAGUUCCCACAGUAAUGAUUUGGCGUACUGUUUAUACUGUGUACCCGCACAUCGCUCACAGGGUAUAUAUUACAUUACAUAAAGAAAUGAGGCAUUUGCUGUUUUUCUUUAUAUAUUAUUGUUUAGAGCAGUAUGCCAUCAAUUUUUCUUGCUUUGGUGAGAAAAAGCUGCUUAUUUGGUGGAAAUAAAAUAUUUUCCUUUAUAAAAUAUAUUAAAAUGUGAAUUAUAUCAAUAUCCUAAAAUACAAAGAAACUGGCAAUUUCUUUAGUUUAUAAUAUAAGGAGUAAGAUAGAAAAUGAUUCUCAAUUAUUUCAAUCUCAGAUAAAAGCCACAUUUAGAAACUGUUAUUGCUUAUGAAUAAAGACAUAAAAGUUAUAAUGUUAUGCUAUCAGAUGAUUGGUGUAUUCAUCACUCAUACCACUGGCCCUUAAUACAAAGAAAGACCUACAAAUAAACUGACUGCAGAUGAAUUUUACAAAUUUUUAAAAAUUUUUCUCAUUUUACAAAUAAGGAAACUGAGACACAGAGAAGUAAUUUUGCCCAUGGCCACAUGGCUUGUUAACAGUGGAACCAAGAUGUGA